CCUUCAAGUCUAGCUGCACGUACACGAGAGUGGAGUUGGAGUCGUCGGCUUUUUUUCGUGGCGCUCUUUUUUUCGGUCUCUGGCAAACGGCGAUACACCUCCUUUACCGCCCACCGUUCAAAAUUGUGAUACAAAAAUUUCUAGAAAAAUUUCAAAGCUAAAGUGUAUGGAAUACCAAAUAUAACACUGUCAUUUAUGAAAAGGUUAUAUUUGUAAAAUAAAAACAAGUGCCUAAAUAAAUAAAAAAUAUAUUUAAAUCAACGUGUUGUUCAAACCCCAAGUUACAUAAUAAUCAAAAUGAUGCAGCCAAGUGCUCUAUUACUAACCACCAUUAUGAUCAUCUCCUGCGGAGUGGCAUUCGCCUGCAAUGGAAAGAUAAUUGCAUCGGGCAUCACCACGGAAGAGAGAUCAAUCAUCUUGCAGGAGCACAAUCGCCUCCGGCAGAUCGUGGCCACCGGACGCUACCCUGGUCAGCCGGGUGCCGAGAAUAUGCGCGAGAUCGUCUGGGACGACGAACUGGCCGCCCGGGCCCAGAAGUGGGCCGAUAACUGUCAGUUCCGUCACGAUCCCCACCGCACGAUAAAUCGCUUCACGAUGGGCCAGAAUCUGGCUAUCAUCUGGAGUACGGCUCCUCUGGACGCCGAUGACGGUGACUUCCCCUCGCGCAUCCAGAGUUGGUUUAACGAGGUGCAGAAGUACUCCUUCGGGGAUGCCUGGUCCCCCAAAACUGGACACUACUCUCAACUAGUUUGGGGCGAGACCAGCCUGGUGGGCUGUGGAUACGCCGAGUACAAGGAUGCCAGCAAAUACAACAAGCUAUACGUCUGCAACUACGGACCGGGUGGCAACGUGGUGGGCUACAAUCCCUAUGAGGUGGGAAAGCCCUCGUGCUCCACGUACGGCAUGAAGCCCUCGUCCCGUUACCAAGGACUCUGCUCCGCUCCAGGAUCCUCGCCGGCAUCGAACAGCGUUUACGGAGCGAACACAAUUGAAACGUAUGAGUACGGCUACAACAGCAGCCCCGGUCAAACCGCCAAUAACAAACCGCCGACUAACAACAUUAACAAGAGCCAGUUCAGCUAUAACAACCCAACCAGACCCAAGACCGCCCCCACCUUCAAUCCCUCCCCGUUCAACCCACAGGCCGCGGUACAAUCCCCACCAUCAUCACCGUCGACCGGCGGCGGCAGUUCGUUCGGCAGCGCCUCGAGGGGCGGCAGCCACGCCUUCACCACGGAGCCAUCCCAGUCGACAGGGCGGUAUCAGCACAAGCUCGAGGCGUAUCGGCCCAGUGCGGCCGAGUUCGAGAAGUCCGUACACAAGCAUACCAUACUACGCACCUAUAUAGAGCAGAAUCAGCAGCGGCAGGAUAACAGCAAUCAGAAGGUGGAUCAGCAGCCCGAACCCUCGAGCACCAAGAAGCCCAGUCGUGGAUGGAGCCUACUCACCUGGCGCGGCUAGGUCUAAAGCCCCUGCCCCAUCCAAAAUGCCGCUCAAUGUAUUAGGCCAUUAAUAGCUACUGUGUAGUGCCAUUAGCCAACCACCAGGAUCCAUCAUCAUCUAAACCCCCCUCCUGUCCAUCGCCUUGGAACCCUAGCGAAUCUUAUUUAAAUACCCCAAAAAUUGCCAUAUGAGUUGUAGUAGUUUCCCUUCCUUAAAAAGAAAAGAGAAUAAAAGAAGCGUAGACGGCGGUCCAUUCAUGCCACAGACGAAUAUUUGUAUCAAAUGUUUGCCACCCACCCGAACUGUCAUCCUGUUAAACCAACCAAUCGGCAUUCAACAUCGAUCAGCUAGUUGUAGUAUUGUGUUCAAUAAAACAAGAAUAUUGAUUUGUAUA